AUGUAUGGAUGCAAGCCUAUCUCGACUCCUAUGGUUCUGAAUCUUCAUUUGACUAUUGAUGAGGGUGCUCCUAUAGAGAAUCCAGAGAUGUAUCAAAGUCUUGUCGGACGGUUAAUGUAUCUUACGAUCACUCGACCAGAUAUCACAUAUGCUGUCAACAAGCUUUGUCAAUACUCCUCUGCUCCUAAGCUACCUCAUCUUCAGGCAGUCUAUAGAGUGUUGCACUACAUCAAAGGAACUAUUGGACAUGGUAUUUUCUACUCAACUUCCGCUGACUUGACCCUGAAGGGCUUUGCUGAUGCAGAUUGGAGUUCAUGUCAUGAUAGUAGACGAUCAACGACAGGACCAGUCUCAUGUUCUUCCGCUGACGCAGAGUAUCACGCCUUAUCUCAAGCUGCGAAGGAGAUGGUUUGGUUGAUCAAGUUACUUAAUGAUUUGAAGGUAUGA